AUGGAGUCGUCCGCGGUCGCUUCGAGACACGCGCUCGCCGCGCCCGGCGCGUAUCGACGCAUGUCGUCCGCGCUCGCGUCGGAUCGACGAAAGGCCGUCGUCCCCCGAGCCGCCGCGCCAGCGAGCCAGGACGCCGCUCGCAAAAAGAUCGCCGUCGUGACGGGAGGGGCGAAAGGGAUCGGAGCCGCGUGCUGCCGGCUCCUCGCGCGCGACGGCUGGGCGGUCGCCGUGAACCAUCGAACGGGAUCGAAGGAUGUAGCCGACGGCGUCGUCGCGUCCAUCGUCGACGCCGGCGGCGUCGCGGCCGCCUUUCCCGCGGACGUCAGCGUCGAGGAGGACGUCGUCGCCAUGUUCGCCGCGAUCGACGACUGGGCGCUCGCCGUCGACGGCGUCGUCGCGGGGCUGGUCAACAACGCGGGAGUCCUGAACGGGCCGAACGGGUGCAAAUCCGUCGAGCACGCCAGCCUCGAAGACCUCAACGCCAUCUUCGCCGUGAACGUCGCCGGACCGAUGCUCUGCACCAGGGAGGCGCUUCAACGCAUGUCCACGAAGAUCUCAGCCGGCGGCAAAGGCAUAGGCGGCGGCGCGGGCGGCGCCGUAGUGAACGUGUCGAGCGGAAGCGCCGUCAUCGGCCGCCCGUUGCUGUACGCAAUGAGCAAAGGCGCGCUGAACUCCUUCCAGGCUGGUGCGGUGGACGAGCUCGCGGCGCACGGCGUUCGCGUCAACGCGGUGUCCCCGGGCAUGACGGAUACGAAUCUGAUCGACGACAUUCGCGAUUCUUUCGACCUCGCCAAGAUACCGCUCGGGAGGUUCGGCACCCCGGAGGAGACGGCGGAGUGCGUGUGUUUCCUGCUGGGGGACGCGGCGAGCUACGUGUCGGGGGCGAACGUGCGGGUCGGGGGCGGACGGCCGCCCGGAACCUUCCUCGGGUGA